GCCGGGGCGGGGCUUGGCCGCCCCCCAGCCCAAGACGCUCGGGUCCGGCAGAUGACACAGCGCGCCUGCGUCCCGCCCCGAGGAUCGGCGCCGCGCGCAGCUGGAGCUUCUGGGCACCAAUGGAGAACGGAGAAUUUUCAGGCUCAUCUGCGUUUACGGAUGGGUAUGGCGCGACAGAAAUAUCCGCUCUCUCCGAAGCCUUUCAGAAGCCCUUAGUACUCAGGCUUCUCGACAUGCACAAGCUUGAGGGGCUUGAGGAGCCCGAGGAACCCCAGGAGCCGGCAGAAGCCAACAAGCAGAGCCAGCGAGACCAAUGGAACGAGUUUGAUGAGCCCCAGGAGACAUCUGAACCCCACACGCCCUGUGACCCCCACGAACCCUAUGAGCCCCACAAGCCUUAUGAGCCCCACAAGCCCUAUGAGCUCCACGAACCGCAUGAGCCCCGCAAAGCCUACGAGCCCCACGCACCCCGCAAGCCCCGUAAGCCCCGCGAGCCCCGUAAACCCCGGGAGUCCCAUGUUCCCCGAGAGCCCCAGAAGCCCAACGAAGCCGAGUUGCUUCCCAGAGCUGCCGCAGUCGUGAUCUCCCCUUCUCUGAUGACCAGGUUCCCGCUAAGGAUUCCGCCUUCUUCCCUGAGCGAUCCUGGUCCCUGUGGCAUUGCAAGAAAAUGUUUUUUUUCUAGGAAGAGAAUCCAAGAUCUUUCUAGGCCUAAAAAGCAAUGGGGAACCCCAGAUAGAAAACUGUUUUGGGGGAAUCAAGAUCCUAUUUGCCCUAUUGCCCAGAUUGCUUUGAAAGCUCAGCUGACCAAAAGACUGGAGGACCUUGCCCAUCCCAAAGAAGUCUCCCACCGAUAUGUACCUAACAGGGCUCAGUAUUACUACAGCUGCGGUAGAGAGUCUGUAAUCUGGGAGAUCCCUUCUCCUGCACUGUUUAACCAACCCUCCAAAAGGAUCCAGAAGCUGGCACUGCCCAACAGAUUCAAGAAAGAAUAUCUAAUAAAGAGGCCUUACAGUGAUUACUUAACAAGAGAUUCUCUUCAAAUCUCUUAUCCUUCUGCCCGGAUAUUACGACUCUCAAUACCCAAAGCCACAAAUCCAAACUACGUUCCUCCAAAAAGGAUUGAAACCAAGAUUUCAAUUCCUGCCCUGACUGCUGUUGCAACUCCAAGAACUGUAGACCUUGCCCAUCCAAGGAUCAAGAUAGAGGGUCUGUGCUUUGAAAGAGAACGAAGUGAGCUGCCCAUCCGUCCUAUAUCCCGUGCUGCCUUGCUAUACAAACCUAGCCCUCGAAUAAUAGCUCUAGCUAAGGCCAGGCCUCUUCAUCAAGAUUAUCUUCCUGACCGUGAUGCCCACUGGCCGGUAUCUUAUGCUGCUAUCCAUUGCAAAAUAUCUCCCAGAAUUCAAGAACUAGCUAAUCCAACAAGGUCUCCUGUACACAUUAUAUAUUAUGAUCCAGAUGUCUUUAAAGUCAAGCCAGCUGCUUUGAAAACACAGUGUUCUCCAAGGAUCCACGAGUUGGCAGAACCUCUUGUGCAUUAAAUACAGAAAGCCCCUUCUAGUUAUGUGUCUAGAAAACAUAAUAGGUGACUUAGUUCCCUACUCUGGUCCCAUCACCUUGUGUUCCUGUAUCCCCCCGAAAACCAUAGAGACCCCCAGGGAACACCACUGUGACCAUCGAAUGGCAAUUCCUGCUAUUAUCCGUAGUCAUGUCUUUAGCAGAUUUGGAGACUGGAGCACGCAAUAAAAGAGAAACUGAGA